AGCUUUUACACAGAAGUCAAUCUUAUCACACACCAGAGGAUUCACACUGGAGAGAAGUCAUAUCAGUGUUCUGAAUGUGAUAAAGCUUUUACACAGAAGUCAAAUCUUAUCAGACACCAGAGGAUUCACACUGGACUGGAGAGAAGCCAUAUCAGUGUUCUGAAUGUGAUAAAGCUUUUACUCAGAAGUCAAAUCUUAUCACACACCAGAGGAUUCACACUGGAGAGAAGUCAUAUCAGUGUUCUGAAUGUGAUAAAGCUUUUACACAGAAAGUCACAUCUUAUCACACACCAGAGGAUUCACACUGGAGAGAAGCCAUUUUAA